AUGGCCCCUCCUCACAUGGCAACUAUUGUGUCUACUAGUCAAGGAGCUCAGCCUCUGGAGUGGGUGAAGGACCCACUCCAGCUGACCUCUAACCCCCUGGGGCCGCCUGAGCCGCGGUCUUCCCGCUCCUCCCAUCUCCCAUGGGAAUCUCCCCAUGCGCCCACUCCUCCGGCAGACCUGGGGGACUUUGAUUACCUGGGGCCCUCUGCUUCCUUGCAGGUGUCAGCCCCACCCCGGGAAUCGACUGAAAAUUUGGUUCCAUUCCUGGACAUGGAUUCAACUGAAGAGCUGCCCCUGGGGCCAGAGCAGUUCUUGGCUGCACAUCAGGAUUUACAUAACAAGUCGACUCUGCAAGAAAGGCUCCCAGAGGUGGUCCCACUGCUGGACGGGGAUGAGAACCAGACCCCAGUUCAGCUUCCUCGCCUCAAAAGUAAGGUUCCAACUGCAGAUCUAGAUCAGGCUGCAGGUCAUCAGGCAGAUGAAAUACUUGUUCCGCUAAACAGCAAGGUUUCAAAACCAACCACAUUUAUUGUUUCACCCAAGAACCUGAAGAAAGAUGUAGCUCAGCGUUGGAGCCUUGCUGAGAUUGUUGGAAUUCCACACCGAUUAUCCAAACCUCAGCGUCAGAAACAGACUUUGCGGGAUGAAUAUUUGAGUAUGGACACACUGUAUCCCGGCAGCCUGCCUCCAGAACUCCAGGUGAACUCAGAUGAGCCUCCAGGGCCCCCUGAGCAAGUUGGACUUUCUCAAUUCCAUCUAGAGCCUGAAACUCAAAAUCCAGAGAUGCUUGAAGACAUCCAGUCCUCUUCACUCUGGCAAGGAGCCCCAGCGCAGCUUCCACAGCUCCCUGAGGAGGAAGAACUUUCUUCAACCCAGCAGGAGGCCCCAGCUCUGCCUCCAGCAUCCUCUAUGGAGAGUCUAACUCUACCGAAUCGUGAGGCGACAGUUCAGCCUCCAGGUGAGGAUCGUUAUAACUUGCCCACCAUUACAGUUAAACCUGCAGAUGUGGAGGUUACCAUAACUUCCAAGCCUAUCAAUGAGAUAGAAUCUUCCCAAGCCCAGCAGGAGGCCCCAAUUCAAUUUCCAGAGGAGGCGGAACCUUCUGCAACCCAACAGGAGGCCCCAACUGAGCCUCCAGGUCCUCCUAUAGAGCACGAACUUUCCAUCAGUGAGCAGGAGCAGCCAGCUCAGCCUUCUGAGUCUUCUGAGGUUGAAUCUUCUCAGACCCAGCAGGAGACCCCAGCUCAGCCUCCAGAAGAGAUGGAACCUUCUGCUAUCCAAGAGGAGGCCCUACCUGAGCCUCCAGGUCCUCCUGUAGAGCCUGAACUUGCCCUCAGUGAGCAGGAUCAGCCAGCUCAGCCUUCUGAGUCUUCUGGGGAGGCUAAAUCUUCUCCAACCCAGCAGGAGGCCCCAGCUCAGCCUCUAGAACAUCAUGAAGUCACAGUUUCACCUCCAGGUCACCAUGAAACUCAGCAUUCAGAUUUGCCCAGUGUCUCUGUUAAGCCUCCAGAUGUGCAGCUCACCUUAGUAACAGAGCCUAGUGCAGAGGUGGGAACUUCUCCAAUCCCCCAGGAGGCUACAGCUCAGCUCUCAGGGCCAGGUAAUGAUGUAGAAUCUCCCGCCAUCCAGCACGGGGGCCCACCUCUGCCUCCAGAGUCACUGGAAGAGGCUGGACCUUUAGCAAUUCGACAGGAGACUUCAUUUCAAUCUCCGGAACCUGUUAAUAAUGAGAACCCCUCUCCAACCCAGGAGGAGGCUGCAGCUGAGCAUCCACAGACUGCUGAGGAGGGUGAGUCUUCUCUAACCCAGCAGGAGGCCCCAGCUCAGACUCCAGAGCUCCCUAACGUAGUUGUAGCUCAACUUCCAGAGCAGUCAAACCUGAAUCAAGCCACAGUUCAACCUUUGGACCUGGGGCUUACCAUCACUCCAGAACCCACUAUGGAGGUUGUUGGACAUUCUAUAUCUCUGAAGACUUUCAUUCUUCCAAAGCAACUUAAGGUGACACUUCCACAUCUAGACCAGGUUCGGACUCAUCAUUCACACCUGACUCAAGCCACAGUUCAACCUUUGGACCUGGGGUUUACCAGCACUCCAGAAUCCACAACAGAGGUUGAGCUUUCUCCAACAGUGCAGGAGACCCCAACUCAGCCUCCUAAGAAAGUUGUACCCCAACUUCGAGUAUAUCAAGAGGUAGCAAUUCCAACACCAGGUCAGGAUGAAGCUCAGCAUCCAAUGUCACCCAGUGUCACAGUUCAACCUUUGGAUCUGGGACUUACCAUCACUCCAGAACCCACUAUGGAGGUUGUACCUUCUACAGCCCUGAAGAAGACUAUAGCUCCUCCAGAGCAUCCUAAGGUGACACUUCCACAUCCAGACCAGGUUCAGACUCAGUAUUCACACCUGACUCAAGCCACAGUUCCACCUUUGGACCUGGGGCUUACCAACACUCCAGAAUCCACGACAGAGUUUGAACCUUCUACAGCCCUGAAGACUACAGCUCCUCCUCCAGAACACCCUGAGGUGACACUUUCACCUUCAGACAAAGGUCAGACUCAGCAUUCACACCUGACUCAAGCCACAUUUCAACCUUUGGACCUGGGACUUACCAUCACUUCAGAACCCCCUAUGGAGGUUGGACAUUCUACACCCCUGAAGCUGACUGUAGUUCCUCCAAAGCAUCCUAAGGUGACACUUCCACAUCCAGACCAGGUUCAGACUCUGCAUCGAAAACUGACUGAAGUCAGAAGUCCAAGUACUGAACUAGAACCUACUCAAGAUUCAUUGGUUCAGUCUGAAAGUCACGCCCCAAAUAAGACUUUAACUGCAUCAGAGGAACGGAAGGCCUCCACAAGCACCAACAUAUGUGAGCUCUGUACCUGUGGAGAUGAGAUGCUGUCAUGUGCUGAUCUCAGCCCAAAGCAGAGGCUCCGCCAAGUUCCUGUGCCAGAGCCCAACACCUACAAUGGCACCUUCACCAUCUUAAAUUUCCAAGGAAACUAUAUUUCGUACAUUGAUGGAAAUGUAUGGAAAGCAUACAUUUGGACCGAGAAACUAAUUCUCAAUGAAAAUUAUUUGACUGAAUUACAUAAGGAUUCAUUUGAAGGCCUGCUAUCCCUCCAGUAUUUAGAUUUAUCCUGCAAUAAAAUACAGUCUAUUGAAAGACGUACAUUUGAACCACUACCAUUUUUGCAGUUUAUAAAUCUUGGUUGCAAUUUACUCACAGAACUGAGCUUUGGAACAUUUCAGGCCUGGCACGGAAUGCAGUUUUUACACAAGUUAAUUCUCGAUCGCAAUCCUCUGACAACUGUUGAAGAUCCGUAUCUCUUUAAAUUGCCAGCAUUAAAAUAUCUAGACAUGGGAAAAACGCAAGUUCCACUUACAACACUUAAGAACAUUCUCACGAUGACUGUUGAACUGGAAAAACUGAUCUUACCUAGCCAUAUGGCCUGCUGCCUCUGCCAAUUUAAAAACAGCAUUGAGGCUGUCUGCAAGACAGUCAAGCUGCAUUGCAACAGUGCAUGUCUGACAAACACCAUACAUUGUCCUGAAGAAGCAUCUGUAGGGAAUCCAGAAGGAGCGUUCAUGAAGGUAUUACAGGCCCGGUGGAAGCACACGAGCACUGAGCUGACUAUUGAGCCGGAGGCGCCCUCAGACGGCAGUGGCAUCAACUUGUCAGGCUUUGGGAGUGAGCAGCUAGACACCAGUGACGAGAAUGAAGUUAUCAGUGCACUAAGUUACAUCUUGCCUUAUUUCUCAGUGGUAAAUCUAGAUGUGAAAUCAGCGUUGUUACCGUUCACUAAACAGCUUUCUUCAAAUGUACAAGAUGGAGACAGGCCCCUGAGUAUUUUGAAAAACAAUAUACAGAGCCCCUCUCUUCAACCUGCAUCCAACAACCCAACUUACGAAAUUUAUGAAAGUAAAUUGAGAAAGCUGUACUUGCUGGAAAAUACGUUAGAUGCAGAAAUACAGAAAAAAAUCGAUGAAGUAAAAAGGGAAGAAAAAACUGCCAUGCUUAUGCAGACCAGCUCUCUAGGUAACAAAUUUAAACGGCAAAUAUUUAAAAAGAAAUUAGAAACUGUCCAACCACAGGAAAACAGCCUGGCAAAGAUUCAAAGUAUAGGCAACAACCUGCAGAGAGUGAACAGAGUCCUCAUGGGCCCAAGGAGCAUCCAGAAAAGGCGCUUCAAAGAGGUGGGAAAGCAGAGUACCAGGAGGGAAGAGGGUGUGCAGGCAUUUGUGGAGAAUGCUGCCCAAGAUAAAAGGCUCUGGAGCCCAGUCCCAGGGGAGCUGGAACAGCCUCACAUAGAGCAGGGGCAUGAGAAGUUAGUGGAAAACACCAUCUACAAGCCUUCGUUCACCCAACAGCUUAACGCAGCAGUCUCCUCUGUGCUGAAACCCUUCUCCAUGGGCGAGCCUUCUGUCUCCACCCCUGCAAAAGCCCUACCUCAGGUCAGAGACAGAUCAAAAGACUUAACCCACGCCCUUUUCAUUUUAGAAAAUGCAAAGGCUCGAGUUAAAAAUAUGAAGGCUGCCAAACCAAUCGUACAUUCCAGAAAAAACUACCGCUAUCGUAAAACUCGCUCCCGCCUGGCCCACAGAACACCCAAGGCCAAAAAGAGUCGAAAGUUCAGAAAGAAAAGUUAUCUCGAUAGACUGAUGCUCGCAAACAGGCCGCCGUUCUCUGCAGCGAAGAGCCUCAUAAAUUCCCCUUCACAAGGGGCUUUUUCAUCAUCAGGAGACCAGAGUCCUCAGGAAAAUCCUUUUCUGGAAGGAUUUGCUCCUUCAAAACGUUUUACAGAAAGCACGAAUGUGAAAGACACAACUGCAAGAAAUGCCUUUGAAGAAAACAUUUUUAUGGAAAACACUAUUAUGCCAGAAGGCACCAUCUCUGAAAAGACAAACUACAAUCCUCCUCCUGAGGCAGAUUCCACUGGGACUGCGUUCAACUUAGGGCCAUCUGUUAAACAAACCAAUCCAACACAAUGGGAAUACAACAACGUGGGCACUGACCUGUCCUCCGAACCCAAAAGCUUCGAUUACCCGUUGGUCGCGUCUGCAGGUGAUCAGUUUGAAAUUCAGCUAACCGAGCAGCUACGGUCCCUCAUCCCCAACAACAAUGUGAGAAGGCUCAUUUCUCAUGUUAUCCGGACCUUGAAGAUGGACUGCUCUGACACCCGUGUGCAAGUGACCUGUGCCAAGCUCAUCUCCAGGACAGGCCUCCUCAUGAAGCUUCUCAGUGAGCAGCAGGAUGUAAAGGCGUCCAAGGCAGAAUGGGAUACGGAACAGUGGAAAACUGAGAACUAUAUCGAUGAGAGCACGGAAGCCCAGAGUGAACAGCAAGAGCAGAGGUUGAGUGAGCUCACAAAAGAAGUUCCAUGGUCUGGAUAUAACACCAAACUCAUCUUGGCAUUAUUUGUGACCGCAGUACUAGCGACUUUCAUUAUAAUUUUCUGCCUCAUUCAGAUUUAUUGUCACCAGAGGUCAUUGAAAGAAGAUGAAGAAGGAUUCUCAAGGGGCAUUUUCAGAUUUCUGCCAUGUAGGAGAUGCUGUUCGCCAAGUGAGACUCAGGAUGGAUCUUUCCUAUUCAGACAGCCGCUGUGGCUUAAAGAUAUGUACAAACCUCUCAGUGCCCCAAGAGUAAAUAACCAGGUAGAGAAGCUGCACAGGAAGUCAUCUAAUGAAGAGGAGAUCCUCAGCAGGGACGCUGGGGACAGCGAAGCCCCAACAGAGACUGGGGAGGAGAGUGAAGCCCAGUCAUAGGAGAAGAAAGAGUGACCCCAGCCCGCCUCAGGCCUCCUGCAAAAAUACAUAGGAUAAAAAACAACAAGGGUCAUCAGAAAGAAAAGCAGGACUGAAGCCAGCGGUCCACACAUCCACAGAGGCAGCGGGCCGAGGAAGCACAGGGCCUUCAUUCCCUCCCUUGUUUCCCAGUCUUACUAGUCACCCAGACCUGAAAACAUAUCCUCAGGGGUAGAGAUUUUACAGUUAAAUACUGUUGUUCUCUUGUUCUGGGUGCCCUCUCCCUUGGUUCAUCAAGCAGCAGUCAUAUAAUACCACAUACUUGACCUCCUGCCCACAGGCGAACUCCCACCUCCUGGCCCCUCUCAUAGGAUCACUGGGCCUGCCUGCACUGUGGGGCCAAGCUCCGUCUUUUUCCCAAGCCCUCAAGCCCACGCAUGAAUGUUCAUCCAGACUUGGUGGGGGGCUUUUCACCCUUACAAGAUGGCAAAAGAUUCACUUGGUUUUUUUUUUUUUUUUUUGA